AUGUUGAGCUGUGAGAAGAGCGUUGCGGUGAACCGUGUCAUUGGUUCCGCUGAUCUAUUGGACUGCCUGCAAAGGCGCGCACUUACGCUGCUCGAUGAACUCGAAGCCUACCAUGCAUGUCUCCGAUCACGAAACAUAUUCCAGGAAGUUGAAUUGAGAGUGUUCAAACGGGGAGUCGAAUCAGAGGUGAAGAGCUUGGAAAGAAUCAAACAAACCGUUGCCUUUUCUGGUGGUGAUGGACACAACCCAGAUCACUUGAGAGCCAGGGAAGAUGAAGCAACCCCGCAGCUUCAUGCUCUGAGAAGUUCCAAUCUGCCGUUUUAUGAAGCUGUCUGGGGCAUUGCGAAGUCGAGCCAGGGGGUGACUGCCCUGAGCAAGAGGAUCUAUGCCAGACCAAAAGGUCGUAUAACGCAGGACAUGGAACACAACAAUCAAGCCCAGAACAACGAGCCGCUUGAAAUAAAGCGAUUGGCAAAGAAGGGAGUUCUCGUGGACGUCAUAGCUGAGAACGGCCUGGAAUGGAUCAAAAUUUCCACAGUCACUGAGAGACGUCUGCUUUUUGAGAUGGCCAAAGAAGGCUGGGAGUCGUAUACCAAUUCUAGCGACGAGGACGGUAUGGAUGACAAUGACAUUGGCGAAGCUGGUAGAAUCGGUAAACUUGAACUUGUUCGAGUAGCUGAAGAUCUCAGACUUGCGUCACAUGGUGUCAGAGUUCAGUUCCAGCAUCCGCAUAUCCGCUUCGUCUUGCCGAACGUCCGCGAGGGUGUCCUUCCCGAUGUGGAUGCGUUCAUUGCAGACUUGCGGGCAACUGGUGCCGUGGUUCAGUGUGGCAUGACUGCGCAGCCUCGCGAGAAUAUGAAGGUGGAUAUUGACUUUGAUAGGCUGUUGCCAGCACCGGUGACUCCCUAUUUGACAGAUACAAUCAACAUUGAUUGUACAAUACUCCUGGCUCUCAUAUCUGAUAUCUCGCACUUGCCACGUCAGCAUUUGACUCGGAUUUUUGCGGACAACACUUACAACAAGGCAAUUCUUCGACAAAUCAAUACUGAAGAGCUGUCUCCUCUCGUCCCGACAGAGAUUUACCCCAUCCUCAGCGGGCGUUCGCUGGAGUGCACCGCUCAAGCCGCGCUACGAAUGCGAGAGAUUGCCCAAUGUAUGGGGACGUCCAGUGAACGAAUCCGCGCCGAUCUCAUCCUCGGAGAGGGCGUGUACAAAGGUCAGUCCGCAUCGAAGCUCAGGCAGGCCUGGAGUGAACACACAACCCAUGCUGUGCCUUCAGAGAUUCGGUUCCCCAUCAAAAUCGUGGAUUUUAACGCGCAAGAGCUUCUAUCUUCUUCAAGCCGAAUUUUGUCCCGUUCCGAAGACAGUGGAUUGUUUCCUUCCUCGAUCGCCGACCGAGCUACUCAGAUCAUGGGUAUGUCCCCGAUCAAUGUUUCUGUCUUCCUGUACGGCUGGGCUAGGCGGAUUGUCACCCUCACCAGCAAUCGCGUUGCGGCAACAGGGCUUUUGAGGACGAUCAAUGAGAUACUAGACCAGAGCGAGCACGACGAGCUCGAUGGAGACGGAGCUGAUACAAGCUUCAUCGGGCCACAGAUAUAUAUCUGCAAGACUGCAAGAAGCUUGCUCGGAAAGGUCAGAAGCAAAGGAGAGGAGGUCGCACCGAUUAAGCACCCUCUUCCGGCACCCGUUCCAAUUUAA